CAGGCCAAGUUAAUAAUAGCCCCCAAGACUCCAGACCACUUUCCCUAUAGAGUACUCUCUCUCUCCUUAGACCCUUUUUGCCUUGUCCACUCCCCUCCCCCCUCUCCUUCUCACCUCGGCCCUUGAACCUCUCCACCUGGUUCUCAUGCCUCCCACAAAUGGCAGGAUGCGCACCCAACGUCUGAUCCUCCUGCUCGCCAUCGUCCUCCUCGCGUGCCUGUCGCUGGUCCUCCUCCGUCCCGAGCCAACUCCUCAAAAUGAACCGUUAGACCUCCCUCCCCCGGAGCGCAUCAGACACCCUCAACUCCACUCGGACCAAACCUCCUUUUACCCGCCGGAACAGGUGCACCCGGUCUCUAGCCUGAUUCAGAAUGCACAGCAGCAGUUCGACCAUGUGCUCUCUGGACAAUCGAAAACCCUGGCCGAGGCGGUCCAGGAGUACCAGCGCCGCUACAAGAUGCACCCGCCGCCGCAUUUUGACAAGUGGUUCCAGUUCGCCCAAGCGAAAGGAGUGAAACUCGUCGAUGAAUUCGACUCAAUCUAUCACUCCCUAUUGCCAUUCUGGGCUGUCAAGCCGGCGGUCAUCCGCGCCCGCGCUCGAGAGACACUGGGCUUUGACAAUGCAGUAAUUGGGCUCCUGAUUCGCGAUGGCAAGGUGACUCUGACGGAAGGUGGUGGGGACGGUCGCAAGUGGCAGCGCGAGGCCACGGUCGGCAUGAUGAAGGAGUUCGUCAAGUACUUGCCAGACAUGGACUUGGUCUUCAACACCCACGACGAGCCCCGCGUGGUGAUCCCCGGUGAAGACCUCCAGCGUCUGGUGCAGACUGCGACGGACCAAGCCAUUCCGGCUGCCUUUAGCCGAAAGUCCGCGACGAAUGGGUGGUCGCCUCGUGCCGCUGACUUGAACAAGGGCGACCGCAUCGACGAAGUGCGCACAACUCGCUUCAACCGAUUCGCCCAUCAGCCGACCUGGACCAACUCCCGGAUUUCCUGCCCCGUCGAUAGUCCUGCUAGAUCUCUUGAAGAGGAUGCCCCGGACGAUGACGCUCCCUACGCGUACGGCGAGUUAGGCUUCAUUUACAAUACCAGCGCCUUCUCGGAUAUCUGCCACACUCCCUCCCUUCGAAACACGUAUGGCUUUUUCGAUCGCCCGAAUGCCUUCGACGUUGUCCACGAUUUGUUCCCGGUCUUCUCGCAAAGCAAGAUCUCUAGCUUCCAGGAUAUACUCUACCCCAGUCCCUGGUACUGGGCGGACAAGGUUCCAUACGACAGCUACAAGGACUAUAGCUGGGGCGCCAAAUCCGACCGCAUGUACUGGCGUGGGUCCACAACCGGUGGCUUUUCACGUGCCGGUGGCUGGCGCCGUCAACAUCGCCAGCAGUUCGUGGACAACGUUAACUCGCUGGAACCUACCAAGGUUCUCACGCAACAGCCAGACAACUCUUGGGUCUCACAGAAUGCCAGCCGGGAUUCCUACCGGGAUUCAUUUGAUGUCAAGUUUACGAUGAUUGGCCAAUGCGACCCCGACGACUGCCACGCACAAGAACAAUACUUCGACGUUGUCAAAGCCGCCGGACAACAGGAUGCAUGGGCACACAAGUACCUGGUCGACAUCGAUGGAAAUGCCUUCAGUGGUCGCUUCUAUGCUUUCCUUCAUAGCAACAGCUUCGUCUACAAGAUUGCCAUUUUCCGUGAGUGGCAUGAUGAAUGGCUCAAGCCUUGGGUACACUAUGUGCCGCUCAGUUUAAAGGGCGAUGAAUAUGUGGAGAGCAUGCGGUACUUUACCGCAGAAGAAGAGGGCAAGAAGGCUGCCCCUCUAAUUGCUACCCAGGGCCAGGAAUGGGCACAGCAAGUACUAAGGAAUGAAGACCUGGAGGUCUGGUUCUUCCGCCUCCUUCUGGAGUAUGGCCGUCUAGUGGACGACAAGCGUGAUCAAAUAGGUUUCACCCUUUGAGUCGCACCUAUCGUCCGUCUUCGUUCGAUUUUAGAUAUCGCCCUUGUAUAUACCCUAAUUUUCCCGCCGCCCAGUUGGCUGAAUCCCAAUUCAGCAUCCUGCGGGACCUCGACGAGAUUACGGCCUUUUCCUUCUGUUUGGCUCCUCUGCUUAUUAUUCCUGACAUGUCGCUCUCCUUGCAUCGUUCCCUCCCUGUGUUAAUACCCUUUUUAUUUUCUGUCAUUUGAUUGAACUAGCCGGACUCAUAUCUGUUGUCAAUAGAUCUGACCCCUUUUUUUUCUACUUGAUCUAACCUGCAUGUGUGAAGGGGUUUGGCGUUCUCCGUGGGGAGGCUUAUACGGGUUCUCCCCAGACUGCAUUCAACGUGUCCUUUAAAUACCUAUAAACGCAUUUCUAUCAACCAC